AUGGUGGCAGAGGCGUCGGAGCAGGAGAUGGGGGCGCGAUGUGAGCACACUGUCAUAGCGGAGCACGAAAGCGGGCUCGUCAAGCCAUCUUCCCUGAGCGCGUUGGCGGCUGCCGAGGCCAUCGCCAAAGAGAACAAGGUGUCUCUUCUUCUCGGUGGAUCCGGACCGACGCUGCACAAGGCUGCCCAGCAUGCUGCGUCUAGCCACCCAUUGGUCAAUGAGGUUCUUGUUGCGGAUUCAGACGUGUUUGCGCAUCCUUUAGCUGAGCCUUGGGCCAAGUUGCUCCGCUCCGUGCAGCAGAAAGGUGGAUACUCUCAUGUGAUAGCCUCGUCGACGUCGUUCGGGAAGAAUUUGCUUCCACGUGCAGCGGUUCUUCUAGAUGUCUCCCCUGUCACGGACGUCACUGCCAUAUCUGAACCACGGGUCUUUGUGAGGCCAAUUUAUGCUGGAAAUGCACUCUGCUUGGUACGAUAUACCGGGGAGUCUCCUUGUAUGAUGAGUAUUAGAUCAACAUCAUUUUCUCCAGCUACUGAGUCAAUGUCAGAAACUAAAGUUGCGCCCAUAACCCAGGUUGAUCUCUCUUUCCUCAGUGAAGGUUUGUGUGGUUCCCUCACCACCAUGGAUCUGUUAAGACAAUAUUCUGACUUCUGCAAUAGAAGUGCAAGGAUAUGGCUUGUGAGUACCAGCAGAUGCUUGAGCUUCUUAGAAAGGCCCCAUUUUUUGGCAGAUGGCGUGCUAAGCCAGGAUCCGUUGAUUCGUUUACAGUUCCACGGUGAUGACCAGAUCUUGAGGUUCUAUGCUGCGUCGCAGAGGCUGGUUCUUGAAGUUUCUUGA